AGAAUUGUUUGUUAUAUUUUUUCGGCUUUGGCUUCGACUUAUUUAUUCAGAUAUCAGAGAAAGAGUCAUCUUGGGAAUUGAAUCAAUGGCGAAACAUGAAGAGCUUCCGAUUCCAGUUUACUCAUCUUUGGAGCCUGUUUAUGGCGAUGGAUCUCAACUCGAAGAAGCUCAGCUUCGAUUUGACCAUUUCAAGGCUAAGUUUCUUCAUCUCUUUGGUCAUCCUCCUCAUGUCUUCGCUCGUUCUCCAGGGAGAGUGAAUUUGAUCGGAGAACAUAUUGAUUACGAGGGGUACUCGGUGUUGCCCAUGGCGAUUAGGCAAGACACUAUUAUCGCAAUUCGAAGGCGCGAUGCUGGUGAGACUGAGAAGCUUUUAAGAAUAGCCAAUGUCAAUGAUAAGUACCAACUUUGUACUUACCCUGCUGAUCCGAACCAGGAAAUUGACUUGAAAAAUCAUAGAUGGGGCCACUAUUUCAUUUGCGGGUACAAAGGAUACUAUGAAUUUGCUAAGUCAAAGGGUAUAAAAGUUGAUGAGCCAGUUGGACUUGAUAUUCUUGUUGACGGAACAGUUCCCACAGGCUCUGGGUUAUCAAGCUCUGCAGCAUUUGUUUGCUCUGCCACCAUUGCUAUUAUGGCUGCUUUUGAUGUGAACUUUCCAAAGAAAGAAAUUGCACAACUUACUUGUGAAUGUGAACGACACAUUGGAACACAGUCUGGUGGGAUGGAUCAGGCAAUAUCUGUCAUGGCCAAAACUGGGUUUGCAGAGCUUAUUGAUUUCAACCCUAUUCGUGCCACGGAUGUGCAAUUGCCAGCUGGUGGAACUUUUGUUAUCGCCCAUUCUUUGGCAGAAUCUCAGAAAGCUGUCACUGCUGCUACAAAUUACAAUAACAGGGUUGUUGAGUGUCGGUUGGCUGCUAUUGUGCUAGGUAUAAAGCUGGGGAUGAAACCACAAGAAGCAAUAUCAAAUGUCAAAACCCUUUCUGAUGUUGAGGGAUUAUCUGUGGCGUUUGCUGGUAAUCAUGGUUCAUCAGAUCCUGUCCUGGCCGUCAAGGAAUAUUUGAAAGAGGAUCCUUACACAGCUGAAGAAAUAGAACAAAUUACCGAGGAAAAUCUAGCAUCAAUUUUUAAAAAUUCUCCAUCUUCUUUGGAUGUGAUAAAGGCUGCAACACACUUCAAGUUACAUCAGAGAGCAUCCCAUGUGUACUCUGAAGCCAAGCGAGUCCAUGCUUUCAAGGACACAGUGUAUUCAAAUUUAAGUGAAGAGGACAUACUGAAAAAGCUAGGUGAUCUUAUGAACGAGAGCCACCAUAGCUGCAGUGUUCAAUACGAGUGCAGCUGCCCGGAGUUGGAAGAACUUGUGGGUAUUUGUCGUGAAUAUGGUGCUCUUGGGGCAAGGCUUACAGGAGCUGGAUGGGGAGGUUGUGCAGUUGCUUUGGUGAGAGAGAAUAUUGUCCCACAAUUUAUUCUCAACUUAAAGGAACACUUCUACCAAUCUAGGAUUGAGAAAGGGGUGAUCAAUAAUAAUGAUCUUGGUCUCUAUGUGUUUGCUUCCAAGCCCUCAAGUGGUGCUGCUAUUUUCAAGUUUUAAUCCUUGUUUUGAUAUCAACUAAAUUUAUUUACUAUCUUAUGUGAUUCAACACAAUUUUAAUUUAUAAAUAAAUGCAUCUCUUGUCUAUAUCAGGAGAUUUAUGAA